UUAAAAAGGGAUCCAGCAGCAGAGAUCUCACCCUAACAAACUGGCAUCAUGAAGCUCAGACAGCGUCUCUCUGUUGGUGUCCUGCUGCUACUUUGUGUGACACAGAGCACAAAUGGAGGAAACAUCUUGGUGUGGUACACUGAAGGCAGCCACUGGAUCAACAUGAAGCCUGUGCUGGACACACUGGUGGACAGGGGUCACCAGGUGACGGUUCUUGUCCCGAGCACGUCUAUGUUCAUGAACGCUAGUGAGCCUUCUCGCUUCAGCUAUGAACCCUUCAACGUAUCCGUCUCAUUGGCGGUGGUGGAGGAGUUUUUUGAGGAGUUCCUUCGUUUCUCCAUGUACGAGAUGGAUCAUAUGAGCUAUUUGCAGAUUUACAUCAAAUACAUGGAUCUAAUGAGGACCGACCUGCAGUUUUCUUUAAAGUUUAUGGACGGCUUGAUGAAAUCAGAAACCAUCAUGAAGAAGCUGAAGGAGGGGAACUAUGACCUUUUCCUCUCUGACCCUAUCUACCCCGGCAGUGACUUACUAGCAGAGCUUCUGGGACUCCCCAUGGUCCUCUCCCUACGCUUUUCCCUUGCACAUAACUGGGAGAGGAUGUGUGGUCAGCUACCUGCUCCUCCUUCCUAUGUCCCCGGGGCCAUGAGUAAACUGACCGACAAGAUGGACUUCUCGGAGAGAGUGUGGAACUUCCUCUUCUAUGCACUGCAGGAUAUCGUGAUAUAUGACGUUUUUUGGAAAGAACUCGACAGAUAUUACACCGAAAUCAAAGGCAGCCACUGGAUUAACAUGAAGCCUGUGCUGGACACACUGGUGGACAGGGGUCACCAGGUGACGGUUCUUGUCCCGAGCACGUCUAUGUUCAUGAACGCCAGUGAGCCUUCUCGCUUCAGCUAUGAACCCUUCAACGUGUCUGUCUCAAAAGAAACCAUUGAGGAGUUUUUUGAGGAGUUCCUUCGCACCACCAUAUACGAGAUGGAAGAUAUGAGCUACGUGCAGUUUUCCCUCAAAUUCAUAGAUCUGAUGAAAGUCAACCUGCAGAUUUCUUUGAAGUUUUUGGACGGCGUGAUAAAAUCAGAAACCAUCAUGAAGAAGCUGAAGGAGGGGAGAUAUGACCUUCUCCUGGCUGACCCCAUCUACCCCGGCAGUGACUUAGUAGCAGAGAUUUUAGACAUUCCCCUGGUUAUCUCCCUCCGCUUAUCCAUAGCCCACACCUGGGAGAGACACUGUGGUCAGCUACCUGCUCCUCCUUCCUUUGUCCCCGGCGUUAUGAGCAAACUGACCGACAAGAUGGACUUCUCAGAGAGAUUGCGGAACUUCCUCAACUAUGCACUGCAAGACAUGAUGAUGGAUAACUUCAUUUGGAAAGAAAUUGAUAAAUAUUACACAGAAAUUAAAGGAACACCCACUAGUGCCUGUGAGACUAUGGGAAAAGCAGACAUCUGGUUGAUACGAACCUACUGGGAUUUCGAUUUCCCUCGUCCUUUCCUUCCUAACUUCAAAUUUGUUGGUGGGAUUCACUGCAGACCUGCUGAACCUUUACCAGAGGAUAUGGAAGAGUUUGUGCAGAGCUCUGGAGACGCUGGUAUCGUGGUCUUCACUUUGGGAUCGUUCAUUAAGAACAUCACUUCAGAGAGGGCAAACAUGAUCGCCUCGGCCCUCGCUCAGAUCCCACAAAAGGUGCUAUGGAGAUACAGUGGAGAGAAACCAAAGACUCUUGGUGCCAACACCAGAACAUAUGACUGGAUCCCUCAGAAUGACCUACUGGGUCACAACAAAACCAGAGCUUUUGUCACCCAUGGUGGCACAAAUGGGAUUUAUGAGGCCAUCUAUCACGGAGUUCCCAUGGUGGGAAUCCCCUUCUUCGCUGACCAGCCGGACAACAUGGUUCAUAUGAAAACUAAGGGAGCUGCACUUUUCCUAGAGUUGAAUUUAAUGAAGAGUGACGACCUUAGAGAUGCAAUCCAUACAGUCAUCAAUGAGAAAUCGUAUAAAGAGAAUGCCAUGAGGCUGUCCAGUAUCCACCACGACAGACCAAUGAGUCCCCGGGACGAGGCAGUAUUCUGGAUCGAGUUCACCAUGAGAAACAAAGGGGCCAAGCAUCUGAGGGUCCAGGCCCAUGAGCUCACCUGGUACCAGUACCACAGCCUGGAUGUUGUGGCCUUCCUCUUUGCCAUCGAUCUCUUCCUUAUAUACCUCUUUAUCAAGACCUGCAGUUUCUGCCUCCGGAGGUGCUGUGGCAGAAAGCAAAAGACAGAGUAACUGUUUAACUUUAAAUGUUGCUGGUUAAAAACACUUGCAGCGUGUCUUGUAGUACAACCACAAUGGUCAUGAAUGUGAUUUUUGGCUUGGGGGCAGCAAGUGUCUGUACUGUGAAACAACAAACUAAGGCAUUUUAUCUUAUUUGUAUUUUUUAUUUCCAUUUCCCUGUUUUAAUUGACUGUUUUCAAUUGUGUUUUCCUGUUUUUAAUGUUUAUGUAAAGCACUUUGAAUUACCUUGUGUUGACUUGUGCUAUACAAAUAAACUUGCCUUGCAAAAAUGUAAAAGAUUAGAAAAAGAUACUCUUCCCUCG